UUCAUAAAAUAUAUAGACUUUACAAUGAUUUAUUGCUCACAGAAACAUUUAGUGAAAAAGAUCAAAACACAAUACCUAUAUCAAUUAAUGGUGCAAACAGAACGAUGUAAAAGAAAGGCAAGGGAAUGGCACAUCAAAGGCACAUCAAAGGCACAUCACAUUGCACAUCAAAGGCUAGAAACAUGCCCCGAAACAUCUCACUUUUGCGCGAACCAUUUUUUGAACAGACCCUGCGUCCGGAUCAGGAGUCAAGGCGAGUACCGGGGGACGGCUUACGCCAACGGGGGGGCCUUCGUCGUUCGGGCGAGACCAUUGUUUGAUCGCCGUCACAUGAAAGCAGCCUCGAGCGAGCAUCUCUGCUGACGCGUGUCACCGGCCGCUUGUGUGUGUGUGUGCACGCGCUCACCACCCGGUAUAUACGCGCUGCGACGACAGUCCUCCACGGCCUCGCAUGGGUCACAUUGUAGCGGGCGAUACAACAGCGCAGGCGGUUCGGUUUUGACCCCGUUUAGACGCUCUCCUGCAGGAAGCCAUAGACCCUCUUCUGCGAGAGAAUACUGCAACCUCCGAAGACGCCAGUUUAUCACGCAAAGCGACGACUCGGUGGAGACAUCGUGGUGACGAUGAAAGGACCAAGCAAGGCGGCGUGGGCAGUCCUUGGCCUGGCGACGAUUGCACAAUGCUUCGGCUGGAAGCACGACUUGUCGCGGCCCGUGCGAGACGACUGCUGUCGGGACCCGGACAAGUGCUGUCCGUACGGCUACCGGUGCGACAUGCGGUAUCGCAACUGCGUCCGCAUCACCGGCGACGAGAGGCCCGUCUACGCUUCCUCCUACUCGUCCAGUUCGCGGACGCAGCCCAUCACAAACUACGCGACCGGCACGCGCGGCUACCACUCGACCUCGUACGCCGCGGGACGCUACGGAGUGCCGGACCAGGGGUUCGCGCUCUCGCAGAACAACUUCCUUCGAUCGGAAAAUUGCCCCACUGGGACAUACUGCUGGGACAUUGACACCUGUUGCCUCAUCCAGCAUGGCUACAACAGCCUCUGGACGCGAGUGGAAUCCACCUGCUGCACGCGUUACAACAGCCCCAACUGCCAAAGGGUUCGCGGCUGCAGAGUGACCAUUGGUGACCAGCGUUACAAGUCGUAUCGGGAGACCUUCACUCGCAGGCCGACCUACUACGGAGCAGCACACCCGAUGGCUGUUCCACCAGCUGCAACUGUCUUGGCACUUGCCAUUUUGCUUCGCUGCGUUGGGCUGUAUACCUUCAAAAUGUGACAAAUAAAUUAUGGGGGCGGUGGGAGAAAUCAACCAUUCCAAAAGCCACAUUGCACAGCAGCACCACUUCAUGCCCAGAGAAAUCUCAUGUUUAUCUUUGGGACUGUUAUUCCCAUUAUCACCAUUAGGUUGUCACUAUUC